ACUUCGUAAUGAUGUCUUUUUUCUCUUGCAAAAUAAGUUGUAUCUCACCAACAACAAUUCUUUUUUCAACUAGUUUUGUGAUGUUACUUGGUAUUGCUGUAUGUAGUCCUCCUGAAGAUCCGAUUAAGUGCUCGAACAAUCGCUCCAAUUGCACCAUUACUAACUCCUAUGGAGCGUUCCCUGAUAGGACCACUUGUCGAGUGGCUGAAGUCGUGUAUCCGGCCUCUGAGGAUGAGCUCAUUGAGGCCGUGGCUGUUGCAACCAAGAACAACAGGAAGGUUAAGGUAGCAACACGUUACUCACACAGCAUACCAAAAUUGGUAUGCCCCGACGGUGAAGACGGACUUCUCAUAAGCACCAAGAACCUCAACAUGAUACGUAACGUCGACACGAUGACCGGAACGAUGACUGUGGACAGUGGGGUGACUCUCCGGCAGCUGAUCAAUGAGUCGGCGAAAGUGGGGCUAGCACUGCCCUAUGCACCUUAUUGGUGGGGGCUUACCAUAGGAGGUAUGAUGGCCACUGCUGCACAUGGGAGCUCAUUGUGGGGCAAAGGCAGUGCAAUACAUGACCAUAUUGUUGGCCUACGGAUCAUUAGUCCCGGUCGUUUCGAAGAUAGGUACGUUAAGGUUCGAACCCUUAAUGAGACUGAUGUUGAUUUAGAUGCUGCUAAAGUCUCCCUUGGGGUUCUUGGAGUUAUUUCACAGGUGACCUUUCAACUACAACCUAUAUUCAAGAGGUCAAUCACCUACACGAUGAAGAAUGAUUCUGACUUGGGGGACCAAGCCUUAACCUUUGGCAAUCAACAUGAGUUUGCUGAUCUAACAUGGUAUCCGAGCCAAAAAAGAGUCUUGUAUCGUACUGAUGAUCGUGUUCCCCUCACUACUAAAGGGGACGCUCUCAAUGACUUCACUGGAUUUCGCCCAACACUUUCAUCUGCGUUAGCGGUCAUUCGGUCCUUAGAGGAGAAUCAAGAAUCAAGAGCAGAUGCUGAAGGCAAAUGUGUUGCUGCAACAUUAACAACGUCGUUACUCAGGAGCAAUGCAUUUGGACUAACAAACAAUGGAAUCGUCUUUACUGGCUACCCGGUGGUGGGAUACCAAAACCGACUCCAAUCGUCGGGAACAUGCCUAGACAGUCUAAACGAUGCGCUUAUCACAGCAUGCCCAUGGGACUCAAGAGUGAAGGGGGAGUUCUUCCACCAAACCACAUUUACUAUUGGCAUGUCUAAAGUGAAAGCCUUCAUACAAGACGUCCAAAGAUUGGUAUCUCUAGAACCUAAAUCCUUUUGCGGAACUGAGGAAUAUAAUGGUAUCUUAAUGAGGUAUGUCAAGGCCUCAUCCGCUUACCUUGGAAAGGAAGAAGAUGGCAUAGAUUUUGACAUGACCUAUUAUCGAAGCAAGGAUCCCCUUGCCCCACGACUCUUCGAAGAUAUACUUGAAGAGCUUGAACAAAUGGCGAUGUUUAAGUAUGGAGGAUUGCCACAUUGGGGGAAGAAUCGGAACUUGGCAUUUGAAGGCGCGAUCAAGAAGUAUAAGAAUGGAGGGAAGUUUAUAAGAGUUAAAGAGAGGUUUGAUCCACAAGGAUUGUUUUCGAGCGAGUGGACUGACCAAGUUCUUGGGCUAAAACAAGGGUUAAGUAUUGUUAAAGAAGGAUGUGCCCUUGAAGGUUUAUGCAUUUGCUCUCAAGAUAGUCACUGUGCCCCUAACAAAGGAUACUAUUGUCAACAAGGAAAAAUUUACAAGGAAGCAAGGGUUUGUAGUAGAAGAAAAUCUUAAUUUGGCAACUUUUGUAAAAUCAUAGUGUAUGGUAUACAAAAGAUUGAUACAAUUCUGAUCAAUCCCUUUCUUAUCAUCAUUUUUUAGAUGGCCUGUACUGUAUUUAUGUUAGAUUAGCCUGGUAGAUGAGGAUGUGUAAGAAGUGAUUUCUAAUAAGCACCAGGCUAAAAUCUAGCAGUUUGAUUGGUCCAAAGCUCAACUAUCAUUAUUGAGAGCAACGUCUGAUUGGUUACGUCUUUCUUUCACAUUAAGUGCUAUCUUUGUACUACAUAUGUCAUUAU